AUGGCGUCGCCUGAGCAAUCACCAUCAGAGAACCCAAACACACCUCCGUCAUCAAAUAGCAAUGAAGAGAAAAAAACGUCGUCAAAUAAUGAUAAAGAUUCAGGUUAUGAAUGCAAUAUUUGUCUUGACACAGCUCGCAACGCUGUGCUAUCGCUUUGCGGUCAUCUUUUCUGCUGGCCAUGUAUUCAUCAAUGGUUAGAAACUCGUGCACAUAAUCCAACAUGUCCCGUAUGUAAAAGUAGCAUAUCGCGUGAGAAAUUAAUUCCAAUCUAUGGUCGAAAUGCGAACCAAACAGAUCCACGAAACACUGUUCCACCACGACCAGCUGGUACGAGAGAAGAACCUCGACCUAAUCGAAAUUUCGGUUUCGGUGAAGGCGUAAACUUUCAAAUGUCGUUUGGCUUCGGGGCAUUCCCAUUCGGUUUGUUUCAAACAACGUUUGCUACAAAUAAUCCUGAUUACAAUUAUACACCACCACCACCAAAUACACCUGAACAUCAGCAACAAGAAUUCUUAUCUCGUUUAUUUCUUGGCAUUGCAUUAGCUAUCUCUAUCAAACAAUUGUUAACAACCAAGAUGAUCCAUACACAUAACGGAUCUGUAAUGACAAACGACAACAGCAGUACAAUGAAUGUCAUUUUCCUCAUCUGA